AUGAUGAUUGCGGCAGCAAAGACCGGGAACAAGCUCUUGCUUUCCUCGCCUCGGAACAGCGUUGAAGGGCACAUUUCAUUAACUAAAGAGUCCGGAUGCGAGUUCUGGUUUACUGCAUCAGGAACCGAUAACGAUGGUUUCAUAAAACAACUUCAGAUACCAUCUGCUGAAGUACCAGACUUACCUGACCUUUUGAGUUCCACUGUGGUUCCUUUGUAUCCUUACGAGAAACAGUUUCACGAAGGGUAUUCGGAUGUUCUUGCGUUGCUACACACCUCUGGCUCCACGGGACUGCCAAAGCUUAUACCAUUAUAUCUCGGUACCGCAGCGACUAUCGAUGCGUUUCAUGUCAUGGAACCCAUUGAUGGAAAAAUGCCGAACCCUGUAGAGUGGGCGGGUACAAGGAUGUUGUGUGCGAUGCCUCUCUUCCAUGUUGCCGGUAUCUGUCUUGGGCUAUUUUCCGCUGUUUUCUUCCGGUGGACUGUCAUCCUGCCAUCUACCGGACCUUUGAUGCAGCAUCUAAUCGAGGAUUCAUUAGACAACAUCACAGUAGAUUCGGCGUUCAUAUCCCCCAGUGUGCUGCAAGAUAUUUCUAAAUCCCCCCGCAUAUUGGAGAAGCUCUCGAAACUGAGGUUCAUCACGACAGCUGGUGGCCCAGUAGCUCAGUCUGUGGGAAACUCAAUACAUUCGCGCGUCCCAAUAUACCAGACAAUGGGCAUGACGGAAGGACAGUGGCUUGCGUCUGUGGUAACACACCCAGAUGAUUGGCAGUACUACCGCUUUCACCCACGGACUGGAUUUGAGAUGCGACCUUACUCGGAUACACUGUUCGAAUUGGUGUUUGUUAAAAGAGAGAAUUUGGCGUCGACUCAACCAGUUUUCGUCACGUUUCCAGAUCUUGACACCUGGGAAACAAGGGAUUUAUAUUCUCGCCAUCCUACAAUCUCGGGCCUCUGGAAAUACGAAAUGCGCGCAGACGAUCUCAUUGUGCUGUCUAAUGGGGAGAAGUUCAACCCGCUGGCAGCUGAAGGGGUAUUGAUCAGUCACCCAUGGAUAUCAUCAGCGUAUAUUACGGGGAGAGGUCGAUUCCAGGCCGCCGCAUUGCUUUAUCCAAUUGCGGACCUUAAAGCAUCCGAUCUUGAUAUCAUCGACAAUGUUUGGCCUACCAUUGAGCACGUCAAUACGAUUCUCCCGGGAUUUGCGCAGAUCCACCGAGACUUUGUUACGAUCGUGCGAAGCCCAUUCCCUCGAACACCUAAAGGAACAUUAUCCCGGAAUGAUACGGAAAAGGAGUUCGCAAAGGAAAUUGAGGAUAUGUACCGAUUGCCCAGUGAUUGCCAGCCUUCCGUUAUUAUUGAUGAAGCCAGCCAAGAAAGCAUUCGUGCUGGAAUCAGGGACGCAAUCCGAGUCGUGUCCAAUGUCGCAGAGAUCGAUGACGAUGAUAACAUUUUUUCCAAGGGUUUCGACUCCCUUCACGCUAUCCGGCUGGAGAGGCUUCUCAAGGCAUCCUUCGCCCAGCGCAUCAACGUGAAAGCUAAUACGAUUUACCUACAUCCUUCCAUCAAGCAGCUAAGUGAGGCAGUAUGCAUAUUGCUUCACCAAGAGAAACUUUCAAGAUCCCAAGACAGUACGUCCAAUGGGCUUAUAACGUCUCAGAUGGUCUCAAAAUACCUGAAUUCGUUUGAAAAAGGCAGGAAAGAACUAGAAUACAUCGUGCUUACCGGCACAACUGGCUCAAUUGGUCCGUAUCUACUAGAUAUAUUCUCCAAGAGUGGCCAGGUUGGAGGUAUCUGGUGUCUCAAUCGCAGCGAAAAUGCACAGGAGAAACAAGUAGAGCUGGCCAAGGUAAAGGGUCUCUCACAGGACUGGGACGGUAAGGUCAAGUUCGCCCAGUGCGAUCUUCCAUCAGAGGCUCUUGGCUUGAGUCACACAGUCCUUCAAGAGAUAAAAGAUCGAGCUACCACCAUCAUACACAAUGCCUGGGAGGUCAAUUUUAACUUACCACUAGCUGCUUUCGAGCCUCACUUCAUUGGUCUCAGGGAAUUAGUCAAUAUUUGCCAAAACACACGAAACAAGGUCAGGUUUUACUUCACAUCGUCUAUCAGCUCUGCGAUGAACUGGUCAUCCAACAAGUCAGGCCCAGUCCCAGAGGCCGAAAUUAGUAAUUUCGAUGCCCCUAUAAAUGGCUAUGGGGCAUCGAAAUUGGUCGCAGAACACCUGCUCCAUACGGCGGCGAAAGCAGGUGGACUGAACUUCUCAUCCUUACGAGUUGGUCAAGUUGCAGGGCCUGUCCAAACGCUUGGCAAUGGCGGCGCGUGGAACAGACGAGACUGGUUGCCAGCAUUGAUUGAUGCUUCUGCUUAUCUCAAGAUGCUACCAUCAGAUUUGGGAUCUGCUACCAACCUUGAUUGGAUCCCCGUCGAUUUGCUUGCUGAGAUUAUCGGACAGCUGGUGGUGAGACCAAUAUUGGGAACGCGUGCACCGGAAAUGUAUUACAACAUACUCAACCCUAGGAAAAGCUGUUGGAGUGAUGUUCUGUCGAUCAUUAAGGGUCGUUUGGAAACAGCAAUGUCCGAAAACAUACAGGUUGUCCCAUUUCAAGAGUGGAUAAAUUGUCUGCGAGAUGCUGACGCCUCUAUUAUUCGUGAGGCUGAUACUGGGUCUUCUGAGACUGCGAGAAAGGCUCAGACUGGACUCAUGCUCAUUUCGUUCUUCCAGAACCUGGCGGAUAAAGGCUCUUCGCCAGAUGUAGGUGCAUAUGCUGGCAUUCAGCAUUUGGAUUGGGCCAUGAGCAACUCAUUGUCGCAAAGUACUAUUCUUGCCAAUUUGGCACCUGUAUCUGAAGCCUGGUUUGAUGCUUGGUUACAACAGUGGGGCUAUUGA